AUGGACUCAAAGAACGAAAUCAAGGAUACCGUAAAUGAUUUUUUAAAAUGUGAUUCUCGAGUAAUACCUCACUCGAGGUUUGCUAAAAAUCUACGCAAAAACUUAAGGGUGGUAAAAAAACGAGCCUCACUUAUCUGGAUCACUUUCGCGACCAAUGGCUUAAUUUACCUUAUUCUGCCACUGGCCACUCCUGGUAGACAUUUUACCAUUGAAUUGUUCAUACUCUACGGUCUUGAUCCGAUGUUCGAAUCACCUAAUUACGAAAUAGCUACCGUUAUUUUCACUAUUAGCUCUGGUUUUGCCGUCUACUCUAUGGUGGGUAUAGCAGUUUACGUUUUACUCAUGGUCGGUUACAAUGAAGCACUGAUGUAUACUCUUAGCGAAGAAUUGAAAAAUGUAUGGAAUGACAGUCGAAAGUUUUAUAAUCGUAACAAACAUAUUAUAAGUGAUAAGCGACAAGCCAUAGUCAUGAAGGAACAAAUAAUGAAUGAAUUUAUAAGGAUCCGUCUGAAGGACAUCGUAAGGUUUCAUAUUACAAAUAUUAAUCUUUUACGUGAAUUGAACCGAGAAUUACGACCAUUGCUAGCUCUUGAGUAUACACUAUUGGUGGUGGCAAUAAUAUCUGAAUUACUUGGUGGUCUAGAACACACUUAUCUUGCGCUGCCAUAUACAAUUGUUCAAAUGCUGAUGGACUGUCUUGCUGGUCAGCGAAUGAUAGACGCAAGCGACGACUUUGAGAGAUCAGUGUACUGUUGUCAGUGGGAAAAUUUUAAUGUAAUGAAUCAGAAAACUGUGUUUUUGAUGCUGAUGAUGUCUCAGAAAACUCUAAUACUGUCAGCUGGUGGAUUUGCUACACUAAAUUAUCAAUUCUUGAUGGCCAUCCUAAAAACAAGUUACUCUACUUAUACGACUUUGAGAUCAACUGUAAAUUAA